CUGAAACAACGUUUGACGUCAUUUCAACAUGGCAGAACUGGAAAUUGGAAAACAUUGUGAUAUUGAAUCAUGCAAACAAAACGAUUUUCUUCCGUUUGUAUGUAGCAGCUGUUCUGGAGUAUUCUGUUUGGACCACAGAAGCCGAGACUCUCACUCCUGUCCAGAGGUGCCAGUUAAGAGAGAGAUCUCUGGGUCUGGAGGAAACACAUCACAUCCAUGUAACUUUGAGGAUUGCAAAGCAAGAGAGUUACUUCCUGUCAUCUGCCCACACUGUGAUAAACACUUCUGUCUGGGGCAUCGUCAUCAAGAUGACCAUAAGUGUGAAAAGCUGGAGACACCAAAGCCUCGUAUGGCUGCAACACAGGAGCUGGUACAGAAGAUAGUGGAGUCUAAGAAAAAUGCACCUGCAAGUAAAGGCAGAAAAGGAGCGAAAAACACUGCAACGGCUGCAAAAGUUGCACUGAUGAAGCUUAAGAUGCAUGCCUUAGGAGAUAAAGGCCUACCACAGACGGAGAGGACAUAUUUCCAGGUGUUUCUGCCUAAAGAGGCUAAAGACUCAAGCUCGCCCAUGUUUUUCUCUUCUAAAUGGAGUGCCGGUAAAGUGGUGGAUUUCGCUGCAUCUCAGGCCGGUCUGAAAAACAACAAUAAUGUUCUCACUGCUAAGAAACUUCGUCUAUGUCAUCCUGAGACGGGCAAUGCUUUUAAGAUGGACGCAAACCUUCAUUCACUUCUAUCUCAUGCUGAAUAUCCUCUGCACAAUGGAGGCAAUGUCAUUCUGGAGUAUCUGGACAAUGAGAGCUCUGGACUUGAUGAUGUCACAGCUUAUAUUCCUUCUUUAUGAUAGAAGCUUCUUUAAACUUCUAAGUCUGAAAAAUGGUGGGUUGUGACAAGAUAAUUGAAUUGUUUACUGAAAAAUGAUACUUAAAGCUCUAUAUAUAUAAAUAUAGUCUGAUAUGCACCACAUGUUUUAAUAAAUAAUGCUGUAAACUCCUUA